AUGGAUGUCGAUUAUGAUGACGAGGUUGCUGAGGAGGGAGCCCGACCUGCUGGCCGACGAGUCAAGGGACGCGGAGGUGAGGAAGAUGAUCGCUACGCUGGCAAGGCCGGCAAGUUCGAGAGGCUCGAUGACGACGAUGAUGAAACUGGCGCCGCGCGAUCCAUCGAAGGCUGGGUCGUCAUCGUGUCUGGCGUUCACGAGGAAGCACAGGAGGACGAUAUCUUCGAGGCCUUCUCCGAGUAUGGCGACAUCAAAAAUCUGCAUCUCAAUUUGGACCGUCGCACGGGCUUCGUGAAGGGGUAUGCAUUCAUCGAGUACGAGAACAAGCAGGAGGAAGAAGGGCCGCCGAUAAAUGAGCUGGUUGAGCGCAUGGGCUCGUGUGGGAAAGCAUAUGGAAGACUGGUCGCCCAUGCAGGGCAAGCGCAGGUAAAGGAGUUUCUGUGGGAGCCAGGAGGAGGAGUCAAUGGUCUAAGCAUAGCGGUCCCGCGGGUACCGCAGAAGGCGGUCACCACAGAGCUAGAGACCCGCUUCAGGAAGAUGAUCAGCGAAGAGAGAGCAUCGCGGUUUCAGGAGAAUGCAGUGUUGCAAGAACAUCUCGGCCGUGUUGAGGAGAACUUCACUGCUGAGCGCAACACGCAGGCCAAGAAGAUGGAAGGAAUCAGUUCACUGGUUGACAAGGUCACAAAGGAUCUGGAGACCGAGAAAGACGCGAUGCAGGUUCAGAUGAGGGAGCUGCUGAAUCGACAGGACACUCUCAGAAGCAGCCUUGUCGAUGGCACGCGUGAGAUCCGUGAGAUCGAAGAUGACCAGACCAGGCUUUCUGCCUGCGUGCUGCUUCCUCCUGCUUGCGAGGUAGCUGCUUUGACGGAGCGCAUGGACCAAGAGAUCAUGAUGCGUCAGGGGAUGCUGGAGAUCCGACAGCAGCUGCACAAUGAAGACAGCUGCAACCACAUCCUUGGCCGCCUCGAUGGCGAAACCAAGACUCGCUUGGAGGCCUUCGACGCUUCGAUGGGGACCGUCGAUCGGAACAAUCAGCUUGCUGGCGAUCUGGAGAUGCGCCAUGACCUUGGCGUCAGUCGAGGAGAAGCUAUGGCUGCCUUAGAGGAGAGAACUGCGGCGCUGCAGCAGGACUGCCGCGACGUGAUCCAGAGCAUUUCGCAGCUGAAAGAAAUGAUCUUCUCGGAGACGAACGCAAAGUUCGAGGAGGUGGAUGCGGCCUUCAAGAAUGUGCAACAGACGGCUGGGGCAGACCAGCAAGGCCGACUGCAGGCAGCGCAACAUCUCGAGGCCAUGAUCUCAAAGAGCAACAGCGACAUGGGGCAAGAGAGGUCUCUGCGUGAGGAGCAGUUUGCCAUGACAGGUGGUCGCCUCUCCCAAAUAGAUGCUGAGUUAGAGGACGUGAGGCUGAAUCUUCGGGACGCGCUUCAACGCUGCGAGGAGCUGCGGCUGGCACAUGAUGCAGCCAGCCAUAUGCAGGCAGAGCGACAUGCUGAGGCAACAGGCGCGGAGAUCUCAAUGAAGGAGCUCAAAGCUCGGAUGGAGCACCUGCAGCAGGUCACGGAUUCCCGGGACCGGACGACCACGCAGAAGCUCACCGAGCUGCUGGCGGCGAUUGAAAACGAGGCAAAAGAACGCGCUGCCGGAGAUGAUGAUGUCCUUCGUAGGCAGAGCUCAGCCAAAGAGGCACUUCCUGCCAUGCUAACGGCUGAGCGACAUCGCACUGAUGCGGCUUUAGCCAAGCUGGAGGAAGUCCUCCGCCAAGAAGACGUGGCAGAGAGGCAGCACCGAAACCAGGCCCUCAAUGCUCUGGAAGUGCGCUGGCAACAACUUCGUGAGGCCACGGAAGAGUCGCUGAAGCACCGCCUUGAGCAACAAAGCAACGUUGCCAUGGAGGUAGCCAAGGUUUCGGAGGCCUUGCUCGAAGAGCAGCGCACCCGACAGCAAGAACAAAAGGCUCUGACGAACGAGCUCCAGCGGCUUGGCCAGGAGGUCUCUGAUGCUGGGUCAUCGCGAAGAGCUACGGAAGAAG